GGCGCCAUUUUGGCCCCAGAGGUGCUUCUGGGAAGUUGCGCGGGGACCUCCACUUUGCCGGCUUGUGAGGUGCGGCCCUUUCGGAUAGCUGGCAUCUCCGGGUCGGGGCGUCUGCGCCGGCUGCGGCCGACUUGUCCGGACCCUCGGACGAGGCCGAGGCGCUGCGCCGCCGAGGGAGGUCACUCGACCAGGAAGGACGUGACGGGGGCGGCGCGUGUCGCGGACACUCCCCGCCGAGAGCCCGCCCGCCAUGGACUCGGAGUACUACAGCGGGGACCAGUCAGCAGAUGAUGGUGGUGCUACCCCAGUACAGGACGAGCGGGAUUCGGGGUCAGAUGGUGAGGAGGAUGUAAAUGAGCAGCACUCUGGAUCCGACACUGGAAGUGGGGAACGACAUUCAGAGAAUGAAACUAGCGAUCGAGAAGAUGGCUUGAACAAGAGACUUAAUGGAACAGACUCUGAGAACGAUGAGCCCUCCAAUCUUAAUGCCAGUGAUUCUGAAAGUGAGGAACUUCACAGGACAAAGGACAGUGACUCUGAAUCUGAGGAGCAUGCAGAGUCUCCUGCCAGUGAUUCUGAAAAUGAAGACAUCAACCAGCAUGGGAGCGACUCUGAAAAUGAAGAGCUUCUUAAUGGACAUGCAAGUGACUCAGAAAAGGAAGAGAUUAGAAAGCAUGCUGCCAGUGACUCUGAAGCUGAGGACACUCUACAGCCUCAGGUCAGUGAGUCGGACAGUGAAGAUCCCCCAAGGCCCCAGGCCAGUGACUCAGAAAAUGAGGAGCCUCCCAAACCUCGUAUAAGUGACUCAGAAAGUGAGGAGCUCCCCAAACCUCGGAUCAGCGACUCAGAAAGUGAGGAGCCCCCAAGGCCACAGGCCAGUGACUCGGAAAGUGAGGAGCUCCCCAAACCCCGAGUCAGCGACUCAGAAAGUGAGGAGCCUCAGAAAGGACCUGCUAGUGAUUCGGAAGCCGAGGAUGCCUCCAGACCCAAACACAAGCCAGAGUCAGAUGACAGUGAUACAGAGAAUAAGAGGGAAGAUUCGGAAAUGCAGAAUGAGUCAGAGGGCCAUGCAGACAGAAAAAGACUCCACAGCUCUGACAGUGAGGAGGAGGAAGAACCGAAAAGGCAAAAACUGGAUAGUGAUGAAGAUGAAGAAAAGGAGGGGGAUGAGAAAGUAGCAAAGCGGAAGGCUACUGUGCUUUCUGAUAGUGACGAUGAAGAAAAAGCAUCGGCAAAGAAGAGUCGAGUUGUCUCUGAUGCUGACGACUCUGAUAGUGAUGUUGUAUCAGACAAGUCAAGUAAAAGAGAGAAGACAGCAGCAUCUGACAGUGAAGAAGAAGGAGGGAAAGAAGAAUCAUCUGGAAAGAAGAAUGAAGAGAAGGACCUAUUUGGGAGUGACAGUGAAUCAGGCAAUGAAGAAGAAAAUCUUAUUGCAGAUAUAUUUGGAGAAUCUGGUGAUGAAGAGGAAGAGGAAUUUACAGGUUUUAACCAAGAGGAUUUGGAGGAAGAGAAGAAUGAAACACAGCUGAAAGAAGCUGAAGACUCAGACUCUGAUGAUAACAUCAAAAGAGGAAAGCAUAUGGACUUUCUGUCGGAUUUUGAGAUGAUGUUACAACGAAAAAAGAACAUGUCUGGCAAACGUAGGCGAAAUCGAGAUGGGGGCACUUUUAUUAGUGAUGCAGAUGAUGUUGUAAGCGCCAUGAUUGUAAAGAUGAAUGAAGCUGCUGAGGAAGACAGGCAGUUGAAUAAUCAAAAGAAGCCAGCACUGAAAAAAUUAACCUUGUUGCCUACCGUGGUUAUGCACCUUAAAAAGCAGGACCUUAAAGAAACAUUUAUUGACAGUGGUGUGAUGUCUGCCAUCAAAGAAUGGCUUUCACCUUUACCAGAUAGGAGUUUGCCUGCACUGAAGAUUCGGGAAGAAUUGUUGAAGAUUCUGCAAGAGCUACCUAGUGUGAGCCAGGAGACCCUGAAACAUAGUGGAAUUGGACGAGCAGUGAUGUAUCUGUAUAAACACCCCAAGGAAUCAAGGUCCAACAAGGAUAUGGCAGGGAAAUUAAUCAAUGAGUGGUCUCGGCCUAUAUUUGGACUUACCUCCAACUAUAAAGGAAUGACAAGAGAAGAAAGGGAGCAGAGAGAUCUAGAACAGAUGCCUCAGCGGCGAAGAAUGAGCAGCACUGGUGGUCAGACACCACGAAGAGACUUGGAGAAGGUGCUGACAGGAGAGGAAAAGGCUCUUAGACCUGGAGAUCCUGGCUUCUGCGCCCGUGCUAGAGUCCCAAUGCCAUCCAACAAGGACUAUGUCGUCAGACCCAAGUGGAAUGUAGAAAUGGAGUCAUCCAGGCCUGGUAUUCUUAAAAAGGGCCUAAGUCGGUUGGAAAAGCAUAAGAGGCGGUUUGCAGAACAGAAGAGGCUCAGCAAAAUGCACCGUGCUGUCAAGUUCAGCAUUGAAGGCAACAGAAUGCCACUGUAGUCCUGGCCCCUCCAGAGUGUGUAUACAAGAGUUUCAGGCAUCCUCCAAGAAAGGUAUCAGUCGACUGGAUAAACAGAUGAGAAAGUUCACAGAUAUCAGGAAAAAAAGCAGAUCUGCACAUGCAGUGAAAAUCAGCAUCGAGGGCAAUAAAAUGCCAUUGUGACCUUGCCUGGGACGUGUCCCCAUCUCUAAAAAAUGCACAAUGGACUAUCGAGAAAGAAGAUACUUUUAAAUGUUUUAGUGUGUCUCUAAUGGUUCGACUUGUAUCACCUAUUGUAGGACUAACGUUUCUCUCCGUUGUAUUUAAGACCAGUUUUCUGCUUUGUACAGAAGAGUACUACUCUUGCUUCUAUAAACUGUAUGUAAUAAAAUUUCAUUCUGGUUU